AUGAGCUCGAGACGUUCGCUCCCGCAGACUCGGACAACGACAUGGAAGACUUGUGCGGAACUGGCCCAUAACUUCAUCGCGGACUUGUCGGGCUUCAACUUCCCCCGUCGGUUAAAUUACUUGGAUCUGAGCUCGAACUCGAUCACCAAGCUGUCGUCGUCCACGCCCUGGCCUGAGUCGGGCGAGUUGCAGACACUUCUGCUGCACGGGAACUCGCUCAGCUCGGUGGGCGUCGACACCUUCACGAAACUGGUCGCGCUGCAGUCAUUGUCGCUAUCGAGUACGGGUAUCUCCAACCUGGACGACCUCAUGUUGCCGGUCUCGCUGCGUACGCUAAAUGCGACCAAAAACUCCUUCACGAGCGCGUCCACCAACUUUUCCACCCUCCCCACAGCUCUGCAGUAUCUAGACCUGAGCAGCAACCUCCUCACAGUUUUCCCGACCAUCGUGUCUUCUCUCACUACACUCGUGGAGUUGAACCUCGAGUCCAAUGGAAUCAAACAGAUCAGCGGCGUGACCUUCGCGUCAACGCUCCGUAAAGUCUACUUGGGGGACAAUCCGUUGUCUACGAUCGAAAUCUGCCGCUCGGACGUCAGUGUGUUCCAGAGUCUGGCAGAGUUUAAGGCCCCGUCGUCCAUCUCGAGCACGUGCUCGAACGCCAAGGCAACAAGCGAAGAAAUUAACGGCGUCAACUUCUGCGUGCUGGAGGACGAGGACUGCGUCAUCAGUACGAGCUCGGACUCGUCCUCUAUUUUCUCGGCUGAGUCCAUCGCAGUCAUCGGAACCACCUUCUUCCUUGUCGGCAUCCUGUUGAGCGCCUUAGUGUUCGGGUUUAUGUGGAACAAGCGGAGAAACGAUGACGACAGCCCGUCGCGUCGUGCUGCUAUGAAGGUGAACCGGGACAGACGGCUAGGAAGCAGCGGCGGCAACUUCAUGGUGUUCACGAGCAGUGGACGCAUCACACGUGCCGUUGGCAUUAACCACGACGAGUACCGCGACACCGACAGUAAGAACGGGAACAACAGCACGUUCGGCGAUAGCGGCGCGAAAACGCCGGGCGAGGCGGCUUGGGGCGUGUACGAGAGUCCUCUGGACAAGUACAACCCCGUCGCUCUGCUCGAACCGAGUCCCAAGGACAAUAGCUUCCUCGGGGCUAGCACCGCGUCACUGCAGGUGCGCAGCAAGAUCAAGAGCAAGAUCGAUCUGGACGACCUGCUCGUGUACGAGAUUCCGCCCGAGGAGAUUCAGAUGCGCCGCGGACUGCACAUGUCGUCAUCCAAGAAGAGUAGUAAGGCCGCGUUGGCCUUGAGCAGCGUGGGUGUGGGUAACUCGCGUAAGAAGGUGGAUAUGGCGCUGUACCUUGCUGAAUACCAGAGCUACAAGGUGGUGAUUCAGGCGCUCAUGCGCUCCAAGAAGCGUCUGGAGACGCGCUUCGUGGAGCAGAUCCGUCUGGCCGCAGCACUGGACCACGCGUCUAUCGUGCACUUUAUCGGUGUCACUACUGGGUGCAGCACGGCAGCCAGUCGUCGACGUGGUAGCAGCGCUGCGGCGCCGGCACAGGGCCCGUACAAUAGCUACGGCCCGACAAACAGCAUGAGUGAGAGCAUGGCGGCUAAGAGCAGGUACCCGAGCAUGGGCGCGCCAGCGUGGCACCUAGGUGUCGUGUUUGAAUACAUGCAGCACGGUUCUCUAGCGGCAAUGUUCGAGUCCGAACGCCACCGUCGCGAAGGCAAGGGAUUCUACCCGAACAGCAGCGUGGCGGCGGCGAUCGGCAGCGGCAACGGCAACAUCUUCAGCUGGUACCCGGUCUUCGCGAACUCGAGUGCCAGCGUGAACGCCAACCCGAACGCAGAUUGGCGGUGUAAGCUUUCUAUCGCUCUAGAUGUGGCCAUGGGUCUAGUCUACCUGCAUGCCAACAACUACGCGCACGGCCGUGUGUGCGCGCGCAAGGUGUUGGUGAACGAACAGGGCGAAGCGAAGCUCAGCGCGAUGGAUAUAUUGUUGCCAUCGGAUCUCUCGUCUCGAAAGGACGAGAACAAUCACACGACAGAAGACUUCCGCGGCUCGUUGAGGGAGAGCGCUCUAUGGACGAUGCAAAAAAUCACAGGUUUACGUCCGACACGCUCGUCCAAGGCCAUGAAGCAGCAGACGUCCGGCAACUUGGGCCGUAGCCGCUAUGCGAACAACAGCGGAGAGAGCGACGUGAGUGGGGUGAGUGGAGUUAGCAGCGUAACACUGGAUGACAACCACAGCCAGAGCGGCGACAACCCGGCGUUCGACGAAGCGUCUGACGAGUUCGAUGAGAACUCGCUAAAGUCCAGCGGCAUCGGGUCGUCCGUUGUGGCGGCCCAGCGCGACGACGUCUACGCUUUCGGCACGUUCCUGUGGGAGCUGGACACGAUGAUCGCCGUGGAGGAAGACUUGGCCAGCUCAAGGAUCCCCGCCGGCGCCGGCGGCAACGCGCACCUACUCAAGUUCUCGGCGGACUGUCCGGAGGAGCUGCAGGAGCUGGCGCGACAGUGCUGGCAUGAGGUGCCGAGCGAGCGUCCGGACGCCAUCGACGUGCAGGAGGAGCUGGUCCGCGUGCUGGAGGGCCGUCUUACUGUGAGUGGCCAAGCUCCGCCCAACUGGACGCGACCCAGCUACCUGAGUGUCACCAGCGCACUGAGCAGUCUAUCAAGCUCCGAGUUAUCAUCAAACAUGUCUUCGCUGCCGAGCUCUUGCUCUGUGAUGGCCGUGUCUGUGGCCGACCUAUAA